UCUCUUCGCCUUUCUACCCCACGAUCCUACUGGAGGUCAUGGAGGUCUACCUCCAUGGUCCAACCACCGUCUCAAGGGAGUUCAGUCAACUCGUCCUUUGAAAACUCGACGGGUCAGAUAACUCGUCCGGUCAGACAACUCAACAGUGUCAACCAUAAAAAUAUCAAAAAGGUUAAUGCUGUCCUGUCACGUGUUAACCACCAUGGUUUAUCCGACACACUUUAGAACCCAGCUGCACCAAUAAUACAAACCAGACGGCAUUGGCUGGUAACCUUUUUCUAGUGAGUGUAGAUUUUCUGUGCUUAGAUAAGAAUGACAUCAAAAGCAAAUUGAUACAAUAGUCGUAUUGAACUGACACUUAUUGAGUCACGUGAUUCACGUUCUAAUAACCAAUUUGCAUAUCGGUUGAUUGUUAGCUAUAAUUAGCACCAUCAGAUCUUUAUUGUUCAUAAAUAGCAUCACUUGACCAUUCACGAACAGAAAUAGUCCGCACCAGUUAUUCAGCAGUCGUCAGCAUUUUUGUAAAAUUGAUCAAAAUGGGAAAACUUUCCCUUCUUAUCAUGUUCUCUCUGCUCGCAGUGUUAGAAGCUAAGAGGCAUUGCUUCAACUCGAUGCAAGUGGACACAGAGUCUGUUCAGCGUGACGAAUCAGGCAAAGUGACUGGGGGCUCCCUCAACGCCCAGCCGAUUACCAAAUGCAACAACUGUACAUGCACUGUUAACGGGCCUACUACCUGUUUAUUGGACUGCUGUACGGAAACUCCAAGAGAUCCCAUUUUUGACGAGAGCAAAUGUGAAAAGGACUACAGCUUCACUGAAGCUUGUGAGUUUAAACUCAAGAAAAAGAACAAAGAUGACCCGGCGCCGUGCGUUAUCACUGGUUAUAAGGAAUAAUCUUAACAUCUCCAUUCCCUGUGAAAGUUCAACAUAGAGUGCACUAUUCAGACAUUUAAAGGCACUGGACACCUUUCGGUAAUCUCUAACGACCAGCAUUCUCAUUUGGUGUAUCCCAAAGUAUAAGAUAAAAGCUGUGAACAUUUGUGACUCAAUUGGACAUCUAAGUUGCAAGAGAAUUAAAAAAACACCUAAGCUGCAUUACUUUGCAUAAUAAAAGAUGCAUAAUAAAAGGCUACAUCAGCUGCAGCUGGAGUCUUUUAAUAUUUGA